CAUCCAUCCAUCCAUCCAUCCAUCCAUCCACCAAUCCUCAAAUUUUACAUUCCUUGCUCUCGUCCCCUCUACCCUAUUCCGAAUUACAUUGUAUAUUUUGUUUUAAUUCGCGACAUCAAGACUUGAAACGAAAAACCUCCGCAAUCAAAGGCAAUCUCAUCCCGCGCAUGCUCCUCUUGACUUAAAAUAAAUAGUGAAAGGAUGAACCCAAAUUCGAACUAAAGUCUUCUUCGCUUCCCUCAAAAGCCUUGUGCGAUUAUUCUCGAUAGCCUUUCCGUUUCCCACCCGUUUCUCGACGCUACUGCAACAAGUAGACAGUGGACUCUGACACAGACACCUCCUCGGUGGACUAAGGGACCAUUUGUAGGGGGGAGGGUAGACUAGAUCACGACUGAUUUGGAUUGUUCACAAUUAAGGAAAGCUACCUUUUCUCUAUCUUCCUUGUCUUGGACAUACCGGAAACUUCUGAUCGUUCGUAUAAUUCGGAUUGUGGACUUCUAGAAGCGCUGUUGUACACCAUCAGUGGUGCGCACUGCAUCAAAAGUAUAUUACCUCAUCUGCAAUACCGUGGAUACCAAGAAUCCGGUCAAUAUUCACAUGCAGCUAAGAGGCGCUCGCUACGUUCAAGCAAUCCAUGUAGGACUAUCAAUUCUUGCAUAAGUCUUCAAGUAGGCAGGCUGCGGCAAUUAUGGCAUUUUACGACUCUUCUUCUGAUCAAGAAGUCGGUUUUCCGAUAAUUCUCGAACCUGAUGAUGAUUCACUUUUCGAAAUGCGAUUAGACGAUACGAGGUUAGAUAACGAUACAAUGAAAGAAGUGCAUCAUGUCAAAGCAGUCAAAAAGGUCAAUGAAGUUGCAAAAAGUGCCAUGGUGCCAAAACAUCCAAUAAGUUCCAUGCAGGGUGCUUUUGCAGAGUCGAUGCAAGAGGCUAGCGACACAGCUCGAACAGCACCCAAAAUCGGCGACGCAGCGACCCGACGAAAGAUCUUAAUUGAACAAGAUGUUUCCGAAGAUACACAUCCUUUGCGAUGGCAGAGGCAACCAGGUCAAAAAUAUCAUGAAUUGUGGAAAUUAAUGGCACAGAUAUCCUUUGGGAUUUAUCUACUCCUCAAUGGAAUCGCCCGAGAUGAAGAACAGGUCAUGUCAAUAUUACAGGGACAUGUGAAUGAGGUAGACGGGUUCUUAGAGAUGACGCUCGAGGAUUUCGAUCUGGCACAAAGUGACAUUGAGGAGAGAUUAAAGCAUUUGAAACUUCCAUUACAAAAUCUCGCCAUUUUCGAUUCUAUGUUGGAAGAUCGAGCUUUUAGGUCACAAAUCGUCAGUGGCAACGAACGUAUCGAGCACGUUAUUGCACGUACCGCAGCAGCGAUGAAGGACACUAUUCUUGAUGCGCAACAAGGAAUGGAUGCUUGUAGGGAAUUCACAAUGUACCUGGCAGGGCAGAAAGAUAAUCGGUCAUGGCGAAAACAACGGCCCAACAUGGAGAGAGUCUUUGAUGCAAUGUGUGGAAAUGUAGAAGGUUGGCAUAAGGCUUAUGUCUCGUUACAAACCAAAGGUAAUCAUCUGGGGGUUUCUCUCAGCCAAUUGGGAAGUAUUGUGGCAGAAAUGGAUCGCAGAGCUGGCAGGAUAAGUCGGGAGUCAAGAUUCAGUAAUUCUUCUCCUAUACAAGCACCAGCUGCUCCAGUAUCUCGCAAUCUUCGAGCUUCCAUGAUAAAAGAGCUCCCCAGCGAUCCGAACCCUACAGCUCCAUCAAUGUCAGCUAUAUUACCAGCAAUUGCCUUGGUACAAGACCGAGAACAGACCCCAGAGCCAGAGUCGGAGCCAGAGUCGGAACCAGAACCAGAGCCCGAAUCUGAGAGUGAAGGAGAACCUGAACCUGAACCUAAACCCGAACUACUAUAUACUCUCAAACCUAUCACAUAUUCACCUCUACUUCUUCCAACAACGUACUCUCCAAUUCUUGCUCCAACAACUUACUCCCCAAUACCUUCUGCAACGACACCAAUCGUUACUACGACCACACCAGUCCUUCCCGCCACCACUUAUUCCCCGAUGCUCCCCCCAACAACUUAUUCUCCGAUGCUCCCCCCGACAACUUAUUCCCCAUUACUUUUGCCGACCACCUAUUCUCCGAAUCCAUCACCAAAACCUUCGCCGAAGCCCUCACCAAAGCCUUCAAUCAACACUUCGCCCAAAGCCUCAUUAAAGUCCUCGCCCAAGUCCUCGCCCAAAGUUUCUCCGGAAAUUUCUCCAAGAAAAGAGGUUCAGAAGGAAUUUGUCCUCCAAUCCGCCCCGGAAGGCAAGAGAAAACCAUCUCUUCGAAAGCGCUUUUCUUUCAAGAACAAGGAAACCGAGACCGAAACUGAUACCCUAAAACCCCCUCCAAAAUUACUCUCCGCCCCACGAAUUACUUCAGUUGCGGAAUCAGUAGUAGAUCCGUAUCUGUAUUUGAAGCCCAAUACAGUGGUUCGUCCUCGUGAACGAUCCGAACAGCGUCGCAUUGAGCCUUUGGAUUUAUCAGCUGAUAGAGAGGAGCGCCAAAGAGAAAAGCAAAUUAGAGAGGAGCGUAGCCGAGAACGUAUCAGGGAAGAGCGUCGUAGAGAAGAACGUAGAGAGGAACGUAGCAGGGAAUCGAACAGAGAGGAGCGAAGAAAUAGAGAUGAGAAGAGCAGAGAUCGUGAAAAUAAAAUUCGCAAACGAGAGGAGCGUAAAGGAUCAGGACCGUUAAGUAUUCCCAGACACCCUGAACUAGCGAAGGAUACACCCCCAUCUCGUGGAGUCGAUUCGGCAUACUGUUCCGAAUCGGACCCUCCAAUUGCGAUUCGUUCGAUACAAGAACACCUCCCAUCACCAGCAUUUCAAUCUCCUUCUUCGGCAAUCUCAGCACCAGUUUUGAUGAGUCGCGAACGUGAUAUCCCGCCACCCAUUUUAACAAGAGAUUUCAUCCCAUCCCCUCACUCCGAAAAACAAUUCUUUCGUCCCGUCAACGCAUCUCCACAUUCACCAUUGCAAAGACCAUGGACUGCAGCCCCGAUGCAUCACCAUGAGCGCGUACCAAGUGGUUUAUCGAGAUCAAUGGCACCGAGUCGUAUGGGAAUGAGUGUGAUGAGCGAUAUGACGACGGUCACAAUGGAAGAUGGAAAGAAAGUUAAAAAGAAGAGAAGUGCAUUUGGAUGGCUGAAGAAAGCAUUCAGUCUAAGCGAAGAAGAGAGAGCAGAAUAUGAAGAAAGGAAAAGGAGGCAAGAACCUGAUCCUUAUUAUGAACAGAGACCCCCAAGGCAAUUUUUAGAUGGUAAAAGGUUACCGCAACCUCAAGGGAUUAGAUAGAGAGGGCUUGAUGAGCAUAGCGAGCGUGCAUUUUUCCUUUGUUUUCUGUGCAAUGAUACCCAUUCUGCAUAUGUAGUUUUUUUCUUUUCUGUUGCUGGAAUUUCUAAUGGUCCAUCGCAUUUCGAGAUGAGAUAGGAGCGAGAAUAUAGGUGAUAUUUUAUCACAUGGAGUUAGUAUAGCGAUGGUGUUUUGGUUUGGGAGCAUACUGAGCUUCUAUAUAGCUGUUGAAUUGGUAGGAAGGGAGGAGGUAUAUCGAUUGAUUAAUCGAUUGGGUGGGUGGGUUGAUGAGUUAUUAAAAAAACUCCCGGGCUUGCACGGGAACUGGGAAGGGAGAGAGAUGAGAUGAGAUAGUAUUUGCAGAAAAGAUAGCAGACGCCUCGAAAUUGUGAGAUCGAGAGUAUUAAUGAUAUGAUUGA